CAACAAAAACACUCGAGUGGGUGUCACAAUGACUGGUGCUACCUGGUGGAAUGGGAAAGCUGCAGAUUCCUGGUGGAUUAAAGGCAUGAAAGGCUGUUCAAUCAUGAAGCACCAUCAGCUGUUUCAUUCUGCAAUGAUGUCCAUCAGGAAAAGUAAUUAGUGCUUUUAUUAUCAUUGAAUUUUCCGUGUGAAUAGCGUCUCUCGUUCCCUUGUCAGUGGCUUCCAGAGGGAGCCGUCGGCUCAACUGACUGGACUAGAGGGACCUGACUGUCUGCACUUUAUAAAUAAGGAAGGGAAAGAGGAAAAGGUGCAAAUCACUAACACAGAAGAUACUGCUGAAAAGAUAGAAUUUGUGAAGAAUGUGGGAAAAGUUUAAAGAGAACUGUGGGCAGAAAUGUGACAAUGAUCUUGCUGAAUUCAUUCCGUCCUUAUAACCAAAUCUUUGCUGGAACUGCUGGUCACACUAUCCGUUUAUUUAUCCACCGUGGACUGGAAUGUUGACAUUAAAGCCAAGUAUCUCCAAAAUCAAAGGGAAACCAGGGCUACACCGAGGGGAAAUACGUCCUUCGCUACACUUUUAUUAUGAACCGACGAAUAAGAAAGAAGUAACAUUAUGAAACUUUCAUAUAAGGCCUUUUGCUGUUGAUCGUUGCUCCUCACAUUUUUAGGAUCUCCGGAGAAGGAAGAAUAUGGAAGCAAAUUCAUCAUCUUUGAACAACUCUAAUGGGACAGUGCCGCUGAAAGCUCUCAGCUUGUGGGAGGUUAUCACCAUUGCUACUGUGAGUGCCAUCGUUAGCUUGAUCACCAUUGUUGGGAACAUCCUUGUCAUGGUUUCAUUUAAAGUCAACAGUCAGCUAAAGACAGUGAAUAAUUAUUAUCUCCUGAGCUUGGCUUGUGCUGACCUCAUCAUUGGGAUCUUCUCAAUGAAUCUCUACACCUCCUAUAUUCUGAUAGGUCAUUGGUCGCUAGGCAGCCUGGCUUGUGAUUUGUGGCUUGCUUUGGAUUAUGUGGCCAGCAAUGCCUCGGUCAUGAAUCUUUUAGUAAUCAGCUUUGAUAGGUAUUUUUCUAUUACAAGACCUUUAACCUAUAGAGCAAAACGCACACCGAAGAGGGCCGGGCUUAUGAUUGGGUUGGCCUGGUUUAUUUCUUUCAUCUUGUGGGCUCCAGCUAUCCUAUGCUGGCAAUACCUUGUAGGAGAACGCACAGUACCCCCAGAGGAAUGUCAAAUCCAGUUCCUUUAUGAACCUAUCAUUACCUUUGGAACUGCCAUUGCUGCCUUCUACCUUCCUGUUUCUGUUAUGACCAUUCUUUACUGUCGUAUAUAUAAGGAAACAGAGAAGCGCACCAAAGAUCUGGCUGAUCUGCAAGGCUCUGAAUCUGUUGCUGACUUUGAAAUGAUAAGGCCACAAGGAGCUCUUUUCAAGUCAUGUUUCAGUUGUAAGCAGCAAACACGUGCCAAAAGGGAGAGGUGCCAGGCAUCGUGGUCCUCUUCCAGUCGCAGCACCACUACUACUAUUAAAAUAACCCAGAGCCCCAAUACCUGUAAUGAGUGGAUUAAAGAAGAUCAGUUGACCACAUGCAGUAGCUACCCCUCCUCAGAUGAUGAGGACAAACAAAGCAAGGAAGCUGUCUUCCAAGGUGCCUAUGAGAACCGAACUGAAGCUCAGAAGGAAGAAGAGACCAAGCAGAUACUUACAAAAGAGCAGUCAGGGCUAAGUAAUUAUGAAAAUGAGAGGUUCUUUUUAACACCCGGCAAAAGUCACUCACAGAAAAGCCAAAAGUGUGUCUCUUAUAAGUUCAGGAUUGUGGUUAAUGAUGAUGGCUCCCAGGAGGUCAACAACGGCUGUCGGAAAGUAAAAAUCACUCCAUGUUCCUCUAUGUCCAAAGGUCACUCACUGCGAAGCAUGGACCCUAGCAUCAGCCAUCAGAUCACCAAGCGCAAGAGGAUGGUUUUGAUCAAGGAACACAAAGCAGCACAGACACUAAGUGCCAUUUUAUUAGCAUUUAUCAUUACCUGGACUCCUUAUAACAUCAUGGUUCUGGUUUCUACCUUCUGUUCUGACUGUAUCCCCUCAUCUCUGUGGCAUCUAGGCUACUGGUUGUGCUAUGUCAACAGCACAGUCAACCCAAUCUGUUAUGCCUUGUGCAACAAAACCUUUCGGAAAACUUUUAAAAUGUUGCUUCUCUGCCGAUGGAGAAAAAAAAAUAUAGAGGAAAAAUUGUACUGGUAUGGGCAGCAUCCGCCCUGUCACAACAAGCUGCCCUGAGGUCCAAGUCCUUAUAUUGUGUUGACAUGUUCUGAAGCUGUACUGUGGGGUAUCUUUAUCUGUGUUUGGGUCCAUCUGUGCAAGAUCAUGCAGGUUGGUAAUCUCACAGAUGUGGAACAGGGCACACUAAUGAUUAAAUAUAUUAAUGUUGCAAAGAGGAUAACAGAGCCCGAACUUUGCAACCAGAAGCUGCUGAAUGCUGAAAGUUCUGGGUUCCAGAGAGCAGGGAUCUGGACAGUACACACCAUGAGCAGAACUGAACUCUUCCAAAAAAAUUUUUAUAGUUAGAAAACCUAUAAAUUGUUACCACGUUACUGUGCAGACAAUUGGGAUUAGUUCUUGUGAGUGCGAUACAUGAUAUGCUGCUUCUGGUAUGAUCCAUUCGUAAUAUUUGAUAUUGUGCUUAACUCUCUUCAGAAAGAAACUCCCAGCCGGGAUCAGGAGGAAACGUUUUAACGUAAUGUAAAGUAGGCUGUACGUAAUAAAAACCAGAAACAUUACCAUUUUCUCGUAAAGUGGGAAGCGAUCCGCUUGUAACUGUCCGGUGAAAUUGUUUUGCUGAUCUCUGUGUUUAA